AUGGUACCUAUCCGAACGGUGCAAAGGAUAUGGAAACAGGCUAAAGACACUUCAAAUGAUGAAGAAGUCAAUGUAUCACACAAAAAAACCGGACGCUGUGGUCGUAAGAAAAUCCAACUUGAUUUGAAUCAAGUUAUGGAAAUUCCGUUGCGCAAGAGAACGUCACUACGGUCGCUUUCAAUGGGUUUGGGCAUUGCUACUUCGACAUUACAUAAACGUGUCAAGGAAGGUACGAUUCGACGUCAUACUAAUGCUAUCAAACCAGGUUUAACGGAUGAGAAUAUGAGAGCUAGAUUGAAGUUUUGUUUGUCGAUGUUGGAAAAGGACUCUCUGGUUCAUGAACCAAAAUUCGUUGAUAUGUACAAUAUUGUACAUAUCGACGAAAAAUGGUUUUACAUGACAAAGCAAACAGAGAAGUAUUAUUUACUUCCAGAGGAAGAGGUGCCUCAUCGAACUUGUCAAAGUAAGAACUUCAUUACGAAAGUUAUGUUUUUAGCGGCGAUGGCUCGGCCGAGAUUUGAUGAUGAAGGGAAUGAGACAUUUUCUGGAAAAAUAGGAGUAUUUCCUUUUGUCACCCUCCAACCAGCUCAAAGACGAAGUAAGAACAGAGAUGCCGGAACUUUGGAGCUAAAAGCAUUAACCUCCGUCAAAAGAAAAGAUAUAAAAGCGUAUUUGAUUGAAAAGAUUAUUCCGGUAAUCCAUGAACGAUGGCCAAUUGAAGAUCGGGGGAACACUAUAUUCAUUCAACAAGACAACGCACGGACACACGUUGAGUGCGAUGACAAAGAGUUUCAAGAAGCUGCGUCUAAAAACGGUUUUGAUAUACGUCUAAUGUGCCAGCCUCCAAAAUCACCCGAUCUAAACAUUUUAGAUCUUGGUUUUUUCAGUGCGAUCCAAUCACUACAAUACCAAGCAUGUCCGACUACCGUAGAAGAUCUUGUGCAUGCCGUGGAAGAUUCUUAUGAUGAAUACUCUUCCGCGAAGGUAAAUUAUAUUUUUUUGACUCUUCAGACAUGCAUGAAAGAGAUCAUGAAAGUUGGAGGGAAAAAUAACUAUCAAAUUCCACAUAUGAAAAAAGCUGCGCUCGAUAGAGAAGGUCGCCUUCCUCUUCAAAUAAGCUGUGAUGUUUCACUAGUCCAAAGUGUAAUGGAUACACUAGCUUCAUCUUCAUGA